AAAAAAUGGGUAAAGUUUGAGAUUAUUUUCCAGUUUCCAAGACCACGUGAAUACGUGAUCAUCCUCCACAGUCCUUCCUUGCAACAGCACCCAAGUUCGCAUCCUCACAAAAACUCAAUCAUCAUCUCCUCACAAGCUCAAUUUCAACUUCAGAAAAAAAAAAACAAUCCCACAUUCAUACACACACUAAUCACCAAAAUUCCCAAACUCCCAACUCACAUUGCACCCAGAAAAAAAAAUGGACUUUUGGAGCAAAGCAAAGAAGUUUGCAGAAGAAGCAGCAACAAAAUCGCAAGAACUAACAAAAGAAGCAGCAAAACGUUCCCAAGAACUCACUUCUACAAUAAGCGGCAGUUCUCGGAUCGCUGACAUCGUAUCUGAGACCGCAAAACGAUCAAAAGAGUUGGCUGCUGAAGCAUCAAAUCAAAUCAUGAUGCGCGCUGAUCAGAUCAAGUCUCUUUCUCUCCUCGAUGCUUCUAAGUCGUCGGAUGAUCAAAAGAAAAUGGAGGUUUCUUCUCAAGAGCUUGAGAGAUUUGGGAUUUCUGAUGAAUUGAGGGAAUUUGUUAAGGAGAUUGAAAUGAGUACUUUUCAGGAUUUCCCACUUCCUGAUGAUGCUCCAAUGUCUGAUGUUCCCGCAGUCUCAAAUGUGCGACAGGAUCUUACAGAGUGGCAGGCAAGACAUGCCACUCUUAUGUUGUCAACAGUAAAGGAAAUUUCAAAGCUACGAUAUGAGCUGUGCCCCCGUGUUAUGAAAGAAAGAAAGUUCUGGAGAAUUUAUUUUAUGCUUGUCAACAGCCAUAUAGCUCCGUAUGAGAAAAAGUACAACGAGGAGGCGAAGUUAAAGGCUGCAGAACAAGAGAAAGCUAAAGCAGAAAAGGAAAAGGAAAUAGUUGAAAGUGUUGCUGUGUCUAAACCUGAUGGAGCAGAACCCACUCGGACACUCAAGACAUCAACGUCGUCGGCUGAGCAAGAUUUGGAUGUCUUUCUUCUAGGAGACCUUGGAGACAGUGAUGGGCCAGAUGAUGUAGAUGAUGGCUUUGAUGAUGACUUCGACAAGAUAGGUGAUAGUUCGGAAGAUGAGCGCGCCAAAGAAUCCAAAAAGUGAGUUAUACUUUGCAAUGGAUGCUAAAGAUUUGAAGAGUGGAUUCCUUUCUUGGAAAAGAUGGCUACUUGGAUCAGCAACAAAGAUGGAAACUCCAAAGUCAUGUCAAUUAGAAGCAAUUUUUUCUAUGGAAAUCUUCUUAUGCCUGGUUCCAAUAGCUUUUGUUCUUAGUAAUGUUCCUUGUGUUUUUUUUGCUCCGUUUUCCUUAAAGAACUUUAGGUUGGAGUACAUGGUGGUGUAUAGGAUCUAUUUCGUUGUCAGUUUUGGUCCAUGGGCACUUCUCUUAUUUGAUGCUUUCUUGUGGAUCUUUUAUGUACAUGUAUUUUGUCUUUGUAUAUAGAUUGAUUUGUUGGUGCUGAUGUUCGGCAUA